ACCUAUCCUUGCACAGAACUACGAAAGGACGGGGUUUUGUCAUGAUUCCAAAACAUGAUUAAGUCAUGGAGGACGCGGACGGUGGGUUUCGUGUUGUUUCCAGAAAGAGAGGAAAGAAGAAGAAACUAAAUUCUUCCAAAGAGGACGUUCAUUUUCAUCCGUCCAAUCUCUCAGUGACGAGCGAUAUUGAUGUACCAUCGCUGAUUACGAAAAUCCGACAUUGUGUGAAUGACCUCCAGAUCAGCAGGUUUUUCAAUGAAUUAAAAGAAACCUGGCAGACUGUUCAACUUGAAAAUUCAAACAGAUUACCUCAGAGUGAGAUUUUGGUGGAACACCCUAUCAAAGAAUGCCUCAUCGAAGACUCGUACGCACAGGGCAGAGAUCAUGGUUCACGAAGCAAUGUCACUCAGGAAAGCAGUGCUCUGUUAGAACACAUAGAUCCAAGUCAAAGUAAAUCAGAUGAACAGAUUUUUGCAAGAAUUGAAGAUGAAGUGGAGAAGACAGGGCAGGCAUCUUCUAAAAUGCCAGAUACAUCUCCAUAUAAUGCAAUGGAUUCAAGAAUCCCAGAGACUGAAACUACACAAUCAGGUGCAUUACUUGAUGAUACUGUGGAGCUGACACAAGAAGGGCAUAUGGACACAGUUGGAGUUGAAAAGCAUGGAUGUUUAGAGAUCAAACCGGAAGAGGAUUUGACUGAAGCAAGGUUUACAGAGGACAGGAGAGUGACGCAGAUUGUUUGCUAUGGUCUUGGUAACUUUUCAUCAUGUGUGACGGCCAGAUUUCAGCUAGCGUUGCUGGUUCUUCUGAAUUCAUUGAUAUCUCCAAAGAGUUGUUAUUUAUAUGACCCAAACUUCACAGAUGUGGAAAAGGAAGUCCUUGAAAAACUAGGAUUCUCACUCAUCAACAAAAAUGAGGAAGGAAAAAGAAAGUCCUCACAACCAACAUUAUUCUUCAUGCCUCACUGUGGGAAGCCUCUCUAUAAUAAUCUCCUGUGGGCAAACUGGAGUUUGGAGUUAUCAAAUAUUAUCAUCCUUGGUAACAGCUUUGAUAACUUCUCAGAAAGGUUUACGGACAAGCUGUUAAAAGAGGAAGUUCCCUAUAUUCAUAAGAUUAUUCCAUUCCACCGUGAGUUUCCAUUGAGAAACAGUUUCCAGUACACCGAUAUCUUCAAUGACAUGGCUUUCCAGGUCUUCCCUGCCACCAUCCUACGAACAGCCCCCUCUACAUUCUGGGCCAACAGACCUGAACCAAGUUAUGAUCAUAUAGACAGUGUGGAGAUUAUCACAGCAUCGACAUCUAGGUGAUACUGAGAAUCAGGGGCAGGUCAUUCUAUCUCUAACAGCAGCAAGUUAUUUUAUAAAAUUCUUCAAGAAUGUUUUUGUCUAUACCUGUGGAGAUAUUAGACAGCCAGUCAUUCAUGUAUGUUUGUUCAAACUGGAACCGGGGAAUCAUGAACUUUUCAUAUACAAUGAAAAGAACUUUUCUUCAAGAAUAAUGGGGUUUGGGGGGUCAUUUAUACCUGUGGAGAUAUAAGACAGAGUCAUUCAUGUAUGUUUGUUCAAACUGGAACUGGGGAACCUUGAAUUUUUGAUAUUGAAAAGAGUACUGAAGUUUACCCUUAAUCCUCUUGUUAAUAACAUGUUAUCAUUUGUUUUUUAAAUUGAAUUGCUAAAUAAUAAUUGUAGAGUGCUUUAUUCAUGUUUGAAAGCACACAGAUGGGCUGACUAAUAAAUCAUGACCCUAACUCCUGUUGGGGUAAGACUUCUUAAUUUUGAUACAAAAGAUAAUAAA